AAAGCCUCAGCACUUACACAGUCUCACAGUCAUGCAGGAAGCACAAAUAUGUGUGCGUGCGUGCUGGUUUAUGAGCAAAGGUGUUCUUGAAAUGUUUGCAUUUCAUUAACUUACCGCUGUUGUUGUAAAGGUGGAUUUUAGCCUUGAGACAAAGGGGAAGAGAAGAGAAGAGAAGAGAAGAGAAGAGAAGAGAACUUCCAAAAUGGGAUAGAAAAAGCAAUCAAACUGACACUCUGAGUUGAGACACUGGACUUGGGUGAGCCAGAGAGACAGGGAGGACAAAACAGUAGAUGGACAUGGGCAGAGAGCGACUCACUCUGGGACUGCUGCUGCGUUUGGGCAUUCUGUUCACUGCUGUGUGUGUGUGCAUUCAUCUUUACCUGGAGAGGGGUUGGCAGGGUGCAUCAGCACCCUUGGUUCUGAGACGUCCAACUAAAUCUAAUCAGAAGUGGGGUGAACAGAGUAAAAUGAAACAGGUGUCUGCAGAAGAAGCAGAGGAGCUGGGCAAAAGCAUUAAAAGGAGAAUUUCUUAUGUUCACAAACGGAAGAAGGACAGUCUAGUUAGGAAGACUGAGGGAGACAGAGAGGGCCCCUCACCACGAUGCUGCCCGCCUCUGCAACUACACAGAAAGACUCCACGGUGGCAUAUAGACCUGGAGCCCUGGGCCAGUGAGAGUCAGUCACUGGAGGAUGAAGCUAAAAGGUUCCUCAGCUACAUCACAACUCAGCAAGUGUCAUGUGCAUCACUUCGAGGCAAGAAAGCAGACCAGGAAGGGUCCACUGGGGCAUGGACUGUGUGCCUAGAUCCCAAUUAUAACCUGAUCCGCAGGAUAGAGAGCAGACACUGCAGGGUGUACUCUUUUGGGUUAGGAGUGGACGACCGGUCCCUGGAAAGUUCUCUCGCCCAAUCAGGCUGUGAAGUCCACUGUUUUGAUCCCAGCCUUAAGCAGCCUCACCUGCAACAAGCUGAAAUGUGGUUCCAUCGUCUUUCUGUAGAUUGGAGGGAUCCCAGCCCGGCCGUUGUUGCCCAGCGUCAGUAUGCCAGCACGAAGAAACUAGCCACCAUACUUAAUGACUUUGGACACAGAGAGGUGGAUGUACUGAAGGCAGACAUGGAGAGUGCAGAAUGGAAGAUUUUGGAAAAUUUGAUUCUCGAAGGAGUCCUGGACUCAGUGGGACAGCUGCUGCUGGAGCUUCACCUGCACUGGGCAGGCUUUGAGGUGGGUGGCGAUGAGCCAUCUGUGGUCCGGUACUGGUACAGCCUGCUGAAGGAGCUUGAACACUCCGGUUUCCACCUCUUCCACAUCCACAGCGAUCCUGCCAAACCUCACAUUUUUCUACAGAAGAAUGUGCUUAAUGCCAGCAGUGCUUACACCUUGAGCUGGGUGAAUACUCAGUGGAGGCCUUUAGGGAAACCAGAUAGAACUCAAAAAUAACUUUUUACCAUCGGUGAUAACUAGAAAUCUGAAUGUGUAACAUGGACUUUCUAGGGCACAGCUCUCUUCAAAUACACUGCUCUUAUCUGGCCUGACCUUUGAAAAAAAGUAAAAAUCUCUGCUCCUACUUAUCCUCCUGCUCAUCCUCUGCUGGCCUGUGAUGACCUAAGCCAAGUAAAGGAGCAGCAUAAUUACCUCCAGAGGCUCUGUGUUCUACCUCAUAGUGGCUGUAUUAUUGGCUGCAGGAAAGCUUCUGAGUCACAGUCACAAUCAUCAAGGUCCUAUCUAAGCCUGGCCCAAAGCCAGGCGGUCCUACCCGAUAGUAGACAGCAGAAGUCCAGAGACCACGCAGCUCACGAGCUAAAUUAUGAAUUCAAGGAAGCAGAUACAGUGUUACAGGGUCACCAACAGUGAGUGAAUAUUUUAAGGAGGCGGGAAACAGACGGGAUCUGCUCCUGAAGAAGUAGUUUCCAUGCAUCAUCACAGCAUGACAAUGUGAUAAAUGGGACUCUACACUUGUACAGAGUUUGCUUGUUGGCUAUUUAAAUGUGGAUAUCUGUGUAAGUAAGAGAAAAACAACUGUAAUUCCACAGUUUCUGGAAUUAUAAUAGAAUAACCCCCCCCCCCCCAAAAAAAACAAUUCACACAUAAGAAUUUUACACCAUCAGUUCCCUUCCUCGUGUUCAGCUGGCGUUUGUCUGUUCAGCACCGCAACACUGCCAACAAUCAGGAAAAGUAACACUUUAAAAUAACCACAUUAUUCA